CCGCCGCCCGUCCCUCGUCCGUCAGUGCGCCCGCCGGGCUGGCCGGCCGCGGGAAGGGGCCGCGGCGCGGGCCGAGGGCUCCGGAGUCGGCGGGCGCUGGCCGGGAUCGCGUUAGAGGAAGCGCGGGUGGAGACGAGUCCGGGCUCGGGCGGGAGGCACAGCCCGGGGCAGGCGGCGGGGCCGAGCCGGGUCGGGGAAGCCGUCGGGGGGCCCCGAGGUGCCCCGGGAUGAGGGAGACGGGCGAGCCUCGCAGGCCACGCGGGGGGCUGAGGUGGAGGGGGCAGGGGGCCGCGGCGCGCCCUUCCGCCCAGCCCUGGCCCCGGUUGGCAUCUCCCCUCCCCAGAAGCCGGGGCAGAAAGCCCCUCCACCCUCGUUCGUCCGCUCCGGACCCCCCUCCGCCCAGCCCAAGCCCUCCCUCCCCCCACCAGCCAGCAGCCCCGAACCUGACACAGUGUCAGCAACAGAUGUCAGUGCCCACCCCAGACUUCAUCCCAGGACCCCGGAGGGUGCUGAGGGGCUGCAGUUCUCCACCCUGGAAUCCGCCCGGGGCGCACUUCCCCGCUCACCGGCGAGAAGGGUAAGGUCUGAGAUCCCAGAGCAGAAUGGCUGCUUGAACCUUGUGGAGCUGCGAACGGGCCCUUUUACUUUUUAAAAACUACACAUAGGAGAGUGUUACUACAGCAUAAGAGUGUUUUUGCCUGUGGUCUCAGCAGGGGUGACAGAGCUUGUAGACUCCCAGUCAGGGUGCUGGCGUCAGAAAGCAGGCUUGAAGCUUACUGGCAGGGCACAGCCCUCGUGAGUUGCCCUCCCUGCCCUGGUACACCUCUCCUUUCUUCCUGAUUGUAAAACCCACACACGUGCACAUGAAAAGUUCUCCAGAGGAUCCAGAAGGAAAAAAUCACGUGGAAUGUUCCUCCGCUUUUCACUUGUCAUAAGCAUUUCCCAUGUCAUUAAAAAUCCUUCCUCAAUGGUUUUGUUCUUUCCUCCCCUCCCCCCACAUGAUCACAAUACCAUUUGGGGGAGAUUCAGAGACUAGGAAGAACACGGAGUAUAUGGCUGGCCACCCUUGGGCCUCUUUCCCAGUGGCCCUUUUGGGGACCCUCAUACAUCAUUUUGCAUCCCACUCUCCCCUGUACCUCAUGCCAUCUAUAUGUCAUGUCUGUGCUUCCCUCGAGCAUGUAAUGUUACCACGUAUUUUGCAGUCCUAAAUUCUUUGCCAGGUGAUGGGAGGGCAGUUGAUCCUGCCAGGCUUGACUUCUGGGCACUUUUGUUGUGAAUCUUGGUGCCUAAAUCUUUGUCCCAAUUUCAGAUAAAUUCCACAGCAUGCGAACUUCCAGAAUCGUCUUGAUAUACAAGCUGCCACAGUGCUUUCCAGAAAGGUCGUGCCAGCUUUUACUUUCAUCAUCGGAUCAGCACAGAGUACAAGUGUUAAAAAAAAAAAAAAAAAAAAGAAAAGAAAAGAAAAAAAAAACCCUGCUCGUUUUUAUUUUUAUGACUGACAUUUCAGUUAUAUGUUCACUAUAGGAAGCUUGGAAGAUGCACAAAAUGCUAUUUUCUCCCUGCCCUUUCCACUUUCCCUCUGCUUUUAAAGUCUCUAUCCCUCCCUUGUCCUCCUUAGCACCUCCUCCUUCAGCUCUAACUUGGCCAGAAGUAGACAGCAUAGGCAAGUAGAAAAGGCCAGAAAGCUACAGGCAAGGCAGGAGGCCUCUACUGCGCUAUUGCGUAGCAUAUCCGGCUGUUUCCAUUUAGAGGGGAUUUAAACUCCGGUUCCUUAUUCCAAGUGCUCAGGAGCCCUAUGUGGCUGAUGCUACCACGUUGGACAGUACAGGUGGAGAGCAUUUUAACCCCACAGGAAGUUCUGCUGGGCGGUGCUGCUACUCCACCAGGGCAGGAAUGCUGUUCCCCUAGAUGCUCCGUAAACCGUGUAUUGAGUGACUAAACGAAUGGAGGGUGGAAAUGGAUACUAAGCUAAGUAGGGAAAUGAGAUAUGUUCAUGAUGAGAUAAGGGUUGUGAAGACAGCACAGUGGGCUUGAGGAGACAAGGGUGACAUUCUGAACCAGAGCAUGGUGACACCCUGGUGUGGUGACAGCUGAGCUGGGAUGAGCAUCAGAGAGGAGUGUGGGUGGAACGGUAGGUGCAAAGGCCCUGGGGUGACCAGUGUGUUGUCUUCACAAUGUAGCCUGUGAGGGCCAUGUGUAAGAUCAGGUCAGAAUGAGAUGGGGAGGGCCGGGGUCAAUUCCUCGGGAACUGGAGGUCAGGGCAAGGAGGUGGGGAGCCAAGGGGAGUCCUGAGCAAGGUGAUGGCUACCAUCUGAUGUGGCCACUUUGCGCCUGCCCCUCUCUGCAGGCCCUGACUGCUGACCGCAUCCGCCUGCCGCCACCUGGGUUUGUCUGGAGCUGCUGGGACUGUCCUGGGAUCCAGUUCGCUUGCCCCCUGAGGCCGGAGAGAUGCUCCCGCUGGCCAGAGCCCUCGCCUCCCCCAGGAGUCCCCAGACCCCGGCCCUGAGGGAGCAGGACAGGGCCCCUCAGCUGGCCGGCCCUGGGGAUACCGAGGCCUGGCGCCUGCGUUUCCGACAGUUCCAGUACCGCGUGGCAGGAGGGCCACACCGCGCGCUGGGCCAGCUCUGGAUGCUGUGCCGCCAGUGGCUGCGGCCCGAGGCGCACUCCAAGGAGCAGAUGCUGGAGCUGCUGGUGCUGGAGCAGUUCCUGGGUGCGCUGCCCAGCAAGAUGAGGACCUGGGUGCAGUCGCAGGGCCCUCGCACCUGCAGGGAGGCCGCUAGCCUGGUGGAGGACCUCACACAGAUGUCGCAGCAGGAAGUUCUGGUAUCUCUCACCGACCACCAGGACGGGAGCAUCAGCGAGGAGGAAGACGGGAAGAACCAGAAAGACCCAUGCCAGGUGAGCCCAGGGCCCCUGGCUCCAUGCUCCUACAUUCCCAGGGCACCACGGGCAUCAGCAUCGGAGCUGGGGCUCCCCCAGGAGGGCGAGUGGCUGCAGCCUGCCCAGCCCCAGCGGAGUCCCCACACCAGGGCGGGGGCCGAGGCAUCCUGCACCCUGGGCUCACUCGGGCUUCAGCCUCCCAGCAUGAAGGCAGACAGACUGAGGAUGCUGCAGCAUGGGGUCCCUUCAGCAGCCUGCCCAGGCCUGGGCUGCUUGCCUGUGAAGCCUAGUGUCUGGGAUGAGCCUCCCUGUGGGCAGGUCCGGGACAGAGCCCUCGAAAACAGGCACUGUCUCCCCAGGCUGGCCCAGGACACUCCCCAGGCCGAAGGGAGUGCCUGGCAGGCAGGGGCUGCCCCCAGGGACACUGUGCUUCAGGGCACUGCGGGCCAAGGGCCUGCUCCGGAGAAGCCCCUGCACCCGCGCCCUCAGCCCAGCCUGGUUGCAGACCUCACCCUCCCAAGUGCUCAGAGCAGUAGUCCCCAAAAGGGACUUGGGGACCGUGAUGCCAGCAGCACCCACCUGCCCUUACUCAAGGACACCAAAGCCUCCCCCGAAGAGUCAGGGCGACCGGCUGUUGCCCCCUCCUCCGGGAGCUCAGCGGCGCCGCCAGUCCCCCCAGGGACGCGGCCCUUCGCGUGCGCCGAAUGCGGGGAGGUCUUCACCUGGGUCACCCACUUCAUGGAGCACCAAAAGCGCCACCUGGAAGAGGGGCCCUUCUCGUGUCCCGAGUGCGGCAAAACCUUCCUGCACGCCUCUGUCCUGGGGGAGCAUCGGAAGAUCCACCUGCUGGAGCCGCUGCCCAAGAGGCCCCGCCGGAGCGGGGGCGAGGAGCCAGGAGAGGCCGACCCCCAGGAAGCGCCCUCGGGCCGCCGCGAGCCCUCCGGUCGCGAGCGGCCCUUCGAGUGCGGCGUCUGCGGGAAGGCCUUCCCCUGGAUGGUCCACCUCCUCGACCACCAGAAGCUGCACGCCACGCAGCGACUCGGGACACGCCACGUCUCUGGGUGUCGCCGCGCCUGCCGCUUACCCCGAGUGACAGCGACCCACGAAGGGCUCGUCCUGCGGGGCGACCCGGAACCUACCGCGUCUCCCGGCUGUCGCCGCGCCUGCCGCUUACCCCGGGUGACAACGAACCUCUGCGAACUCGUCCAGCGGAGUGACCUGGGACCCGCCAUCCCCGCCGCCGCGUCCCCCGGGUGA